CCCACUCCGCUCGAGCGUCUUGAUUGGUCGUCUUGGCCGAAAUCCUCUUGAAUGAUUUCAAACCCGAGUGUUUGGACGGGGAGGAGGGGGUCGGCUGCUAAUUCCGAGCUGGCUGGCUGGAAGGGCUUUGAGUCCUCCGUCCACUAACAACAGCACCUUCAGUAAAGAGGCUUAACCGAGCGGAGCUGUUGACGGUGAAACGGUUCACGAGAGCACCGUUGGAAGGAAAGUGCGCUUUUACGGGUGUCGUGUUUACUCCAAUUUUAAACUUUUAGCCUAAAUUAGCUUUUAGCCAGCGGUAGGAUUUUCAUUCGUGCUUUGUCUGUGGCUCAUCAUUUGAAUAGGAUGUCCAGCGCAGACGGCGCACAUUGCGGUGGGACGCGGUUUGUUGUGCUGACAAGACUCGCAGCCAGGACCUGAUUGAAAAUCUGGUAAUCGUUUUAAAACCAUGUAUUUGCUUAUUUGACGGAAUGUGAAUAUUUUCUGUUGUUUGGGGGAUACAUGUUAGAUUUUCCUUGAGCAGAUUAGCGAGGGCGUUCAGUUCAUGCACGGGUUGCCAUAGCAUCACAUUAAUUAAUUAAUUAAUUAAUUUUCCUUUUCAUUACGGCCUGUUGAAGCGGAGGGCACAGAGACACUUUCAGAUUUUGGACAAUGUAUUUCCACACUAUUCCGCUACUGAAGCUGGGUUAGCUUUCACGGAUAUUUUCGAGACACCGUUUAAAGAUUUGAGACUCAAAGCCAAGGCAGUCAUGGCUAAGAAUCCAUCCGAGGGGCAGAAGGAUGAGCUGAGCCAGCUGACGGACGAGGAGCUGCUGCGGCUCAGCAAAGAGGAGCUGGUCCGGAGAUUAAGGAGGGUUGACAGCGAGAAAAUGAACUUGAUGAUUGAGCAUGGCAACAUGAUGAAAGACAUAAACCGGAGGCUGCAGGUGCACUUGCAUGAAAUCCGGAGCCUGAAGGAAAUCAACCAGAAACUGCAGGACGAUAACCAUGAACUCCGUGAGCUGUGCUGCUUCCUGGACGAUGACCGACAGAAGGGCAAGAAGCUGUCCCGGGAGUGGCAGCGCUUCGGCCGCUACACAGCCAGUGCCAUGUGGAAGGAGGUGGGUACUUACAUGAUGAAGCUGAAGGAGCUGGAGGCCAACCAGGAGACCGUGUUGAGGGAGAACUCUGAGCUGAAGGAGAUUAUCCUCAUGCUGGAUGAGGAGAGGAACGGAGCGGGGUCCAGGAGCUCCAUAGACAGUCAGUCCAGUUUAACCAACCUGAACGGAGGCACCAGCACGGUCAGGGAUGUUGGAGAUGGCAGCAGUACUUCCAGCACAGGUAGUGCUGGUAGCCCUGACCACCACAAUCACAACCACAUACACAAGCCCAGCACAGAGAACAAUAAGAUGGGCCCCACCAUGAGGAGGUCCAUGGAUGACCUGUCAGCACCCCACCACCACAGGAGCAUCCCCAAUGGACUGAAUGAUUCCUCCUCCAACUACAUCAGGCAGCUGGAGACAAAAGUGCGGAUCCUGGAGGACGAUAACAAUAAGCUUCUCUCACAGGCUCAUAACCGCUAUAGUUUAUCACAGAUACAGACCAGAAAGCAGUGUAACCCAGGUGACCUCCGUGCCCUGAGGAAGGGGAUGACCCUCUACCACUCAGAGUCCCAGCUGUCCUCACUGCCCCAACGCCAGGACGCCAUGCACAUGGGCACUGGGCGCCUCCCAACAAGCGAGUCCUCUCCUGCCACGGGCUACCUGUCCUGCGUCCAGAAGCCUGAGGCUGUGGUGCAUGCCAUGAAGGUGCUUGAGGUCCACGAGAACUUGGACAAGCAGGUUCCUGAGGACUAUGAGGACGACCUCAGUGAGAAAGAGAAGGCCAUUGUGCGAGAGAUGUGCAACGUGGUGUGGAGAAAGCUGGGUGAUGCCGCUGGAUCAAAGAUGUCCAUCAGACAGCACCUCUCUGGGAACCAGUUCAAAGGGCCGCUGUAGCACAGCAACCACAGAGAGAGAGAGAGAUCAGGAUUUACAGUACCUACACUCACCUGAAAUCACCUCGUUCAGCCUGCGCCUACACAACCCAUCAUGCCAUGCUCCCGACUGCCUACAGUACCCAGCAUUCCUUCAACAAAAGACUGGCUAAGAAAGCUAUUCCAUGGACCUGUUAGUCAAACAUGUUUUUAUCUCAGAGCUUAUGAAGCAUCGACGACUGGCAGCUAGUUUCACUGAUACACCACUUCUCUUUGUUAAUUUUCCAGCUACACAAUGAUCUCUCUCUGUAAAAGCUAUAAACACCCCCCUCCCCACCCCCAGCCCUUUAUAGCAUCGCUGUGCUACACUAAGCUAACGAUAUGACAUGGUUUAAAGCACAGACCUGAUGAGGCUGCAGGGGCACAAAUCUCUACUCUAGUUGCUGGAAUGUGAAGGCAACACAGUGGUGGUAUCUUCAGAUAAGUCUUGAUAGUACCUCCUAUAGAGACCCUAGCUCCUGUCACAUGUAUCACCCCCUAGUGGUCAACGAGUAUAACUAGCAUUAGCAUUCUAAAGUGUUAACUAAUGUGAAACCCACUGUGACCUAGCGCCUUUUGCUCAUAAGACAAGUCUAUGGAUAAUAAAGUCUAGAGAUCACUGUUAACUUGUGUAUAUUAUGUAUAAAACCAUAGCACUACUUCAUUGUUAUUGUUGAUUUUUCUUUGAUCUAUUUUGUAUUCUAGCGUGGCCAUGUGAUCAAUUACUUAGUUUGAAUCGCACACAACAACCGGACCUUAAACAGGGUUUGCUUUUGCUUACGAAAAAAUCUUGUUUUUUUUUUAUUCUUUCCAGCUCAAAUGCUGUUAUUCCUUUUUUUUUUCUCUGUAACCUUUGAAAAUGUAUCACAGCCAUUCUGAAUCAAACCAUCUCCAUGCAUUAACUGAUAGAUAAUUUUCUUUGUGAAAUUGACUCAAAUUGUAUGCUGUGUGCAUGCUUGACAAUCAUUUUCUCAGGUUGGGAGGGCUACAGCUUUACCUUUGCCCAUCUGUGACGGCGUGUGUCUGUGGUGGUGUGCUUGUUGAGUGUAUGUGUGUGGAGACUGAAUGGUUCUCUUACAGCUGUAGCAUCUACCUGUGAAUCCUCUUUUUCUCUACUGAACCCUGAUUACAACUCGGUUGAAGACUGCUGAAGGCGUUUGCUGAAUCCAUGCAAUAACUUUUCUCCCAAUAAUGAAAAAAUAAUGGGCCUUUUCCACCGAGCAGUUGUUUCAGUACAUUUAUGGUACUGUAAACUCUGAUUUUGUUUGUGCUUUCCACUAAUGUCUGUCCAGCUUUAGUGAGGGGAAUCCCAGUGCUUUUUGGCUCUUCUUUACAUUUUAAACAGCAACAAAAAUGAUUCAAAGUAAACCGGCUCUCAAACAAGAGCCAGCUUCUGUCAAUCACAGAAAAGAACUGGCUUUUUCAAAAACUUUUGUACCAUUAUGACUUUACUAUCUCCAUUAAUUGUCUACAAAAAUGGAAAAAGGAAACCGUCCCUGGAAUGAGAGCCAGCUUCUCUCUUCUGUAAUUCACAGAAAAGAACUCACUCUUAGAGCUGGCUCGUUCACAAACUUUGGUACGAUUUUGGCUUUACCAUCUCUAUUAAACCGCAAAAAAAUGGCAAAAGUAAAUUUGCUCUUAAAUGGGAGACAGCUUCUGUUGUCCAUGUAAAAGAACCAGCUCUUAAAACUGGCUCACUCGCAAACUUUGUUACCAUUUUGGUUUUUCUAUCUCUAUUAAACGGCUACAAAAGUGGAAAAAGUCUACCAGCUCUCAAAUGGGAGCCAGCUUCUGUCAUUCACAGAAAAGAACUCGCUCUUAGAACUGGCUUGUUCACAAACUUGGCAAAGGUGAUUUGGCUCUCAAAUGGGAGCCAGCUCCUGUUCUUAACAUUAAAGAACCAGCUCUUAGAACCCACUUGUUCCUGAACGGUGCUUUACUACUGGCUCAUAGCCUGCUGUUUACCCUACAAGGUUAAUUUGCUAAAUUACUAUUUAAAAAGUUUUUUCUUAAAGCAUGUUUAUGACAGAGAACAGCUGUUCAGCUCAGUACAAAACAUGGCACAUUCCGCAUUUUUCCAUCAUUAACACUUUUGCAAAGAAAUUGACGCUUAUUUCAACCGAUCACUGGGCUGCAGUAAGUAGCUACCCUUUUGGGUUGGGUAGGUACACUUAGUACGUUUUACCAACUUUUGACAGUGGAAAUGCAAAUAAGAGCACACAGUACUGCACCAAACUGAACAGGACCGCUUGAUGGAAAUGCAGCUUAAUGCAUAACAAAAAAGAUUCAUGGCCAAUAGCUAAUGUCUAAGUUCAGUUUUUGAGGUGUUUUUGCAAUGCAGAUGAAAAUAGUCAUCUAGAGCACAGUCCUUGUCUUUUGUCUUGGAUUCAGCAGGUGUGUUUAUGCAGCGCAUGUUUCUUAAAAUUGAUUUUUUUUUCUUAAAAUAAGAGAGAUAAGUCUUCCCUUAGGUGUCUCCCGAAAACACUAACAUUUAAAAAACGAGUAUUUCUUGAUGUCAGAAUGAACAAACACUGUUUGUCAAAGUAUUUAUUGCCAGGUGUUAGAUAGAGAUGGGAGCGCUCUCAGUGACUAAGCAGCGUUAUUUUAGAUUUAUCAGAUUUACUAAAAGUGUAAAGUUAUUUCAUAGAUGUGUUUAGUGACUGACAGCUCCAGCUCUCCCAUCUCUAGUGUUAUUUGUUCCAAAUUAGAACAUUGUAAGGCUACUUGCCAUGCACCUCUCCUCUUUCAAAUGAUGGCUCAAAAAUAAAUCAAAGUAUGGUUUUGUAAAGUGUCCUUUUUUCUAGGAACUAAUUUGAAGCCAUGAUACGAUUUUGAAUACUUUAUAAAAAAAAAGGCAUUUGAUUUAAAGUGUGCCACAUUUUUCUGCAUGGUGUUUUGAUUUGGAACUCAGCUGUCUUUUUUAAAAAAAAAAACAUCUAGAGUAUUUCUUUUUGCCUAAAUGCUAAAACCACAGUACAGAACCCUAGAAACCUACAAAGUCAAAUCCUGUAGAAACUAGCAUGGCUGGGACUUCUUUUCAUGAAUUUCACUGAUGAGGUAAAUAUUUGGCAGAUGAAAAAGAAACAAGAAAUAGGCCACUUUUAGAAAAAUUUGGGAGAAAAUAAACAAAGUUGGUUAAUGAA